AUGGCAGAGCCACCACCGUCGGCUUUCCACCAGUUCGUCGCUCCUCCACCAAAACAUCGAUCAUCAUCAACCAAAAAACACUCCUUCCAAGGACCUCAACACCCCACCACCAUCCACCGUCUCUUCCCGUGCCAGUACUGUCCCCGCAAAUUCUACACCUCCCAAGCUCUCGGCGGUCACCAAAACGCACACAAACGCGAACGCGCCGCUGCUAGACGCAACCUGGGAGUUGUUGCUCAUCAUGCUCCUUCCACCGUCAUCGACAACGACGACGACGACGCCACUUUCCUUCGUUCCUACCCUUGUUAUAGCUACUACCCUCAAGGAUCUUCCGCCACUUCUUCGGCGAUUGCUGGACCGGUUUGGAACGUACCGGACCAACAGACGAUGAUGAUGGUGGGUGGGUACGUCGACCCGUAUCCGUAUCCGUUUGCUUACCCGUUUGGAGUUUCUGGAGAUGGAAACGGCAUGGAGGAAGAAGAGCCACAGCUGGAUCUAUCGCUCCGUCUAUGA